AUGGAGAAUAUGCUACUUUGGUUGAUAUUUUUCACCUCUGGGUGGACUCUCAUUGAUGGAUCUGAAAUGGAACAAGAUUUUAUGUGGCACUUGAGAAAAAUACCCCGGGUUGUCAGUGAAAGGACUUUCUAUCUCAGCAGCCCCACAUUCGAGGCAGACGCCAGGAUGGUGGUAAACAGAGUGUGUGGCAUCGAAUGCCAGAAAGAACUCCCGGCUCCUGGCCUUUCUGAAUUGGAGGAUUCUCUUUCCUAUGAGACUGUCUUUGAGAAUGGCACUAGAACCUUAACCAGGGUGAAAGUUCAAGGUUUGGUCCUUGAGCCAACUCAGAAUAGCACUCCAAAAGAAGCAGCUGUUAGGAGAAAGAGACAAGUGUAUGGCACCGACAGCAGGUUCAGCAUCUUGGACAAAAGGUUCUUAACCAAUUUCCCUUUCAACACUGCGGUCAAACUCUCCACGGGAUGCAGUGGCAUCCUCAUUUCCCCGAAUCAUGUCCUCACAGCCGCGCACUGUGUUCAUGACGGAAAGGACUAUGUCAAAGGUAGCAAAAAGCUAAGGGUAGGAUUGCUGAAGAUGAGAAAGAAAGGUGGAGGCAAGAAGCGCAGAGGUUCUAAGAGGAGCAAGAGAGAAGCUGAGGCCAGUGACCCAAGGGAAGGUACCAAAGUGAGUCUGCAGGAGAGACCCACGAGAAGAGGGAGAGUCGAGUUGGGUCGGGGUCAGAGAGUGGCGGAGGGAAAGCCUUCUUUCCAGUGGACGCGGGUCAAGAAUACCUAUAUUCCGAAAGGCUGGACGAGAGGAGCAGGUGGGGAUGCGGCCUUGGACUAUGACUAUGCGCUCCUGGAGCUGAAGCGCGCUCACAAGAAGAAGUACAUGGAACUGGGAGUCAGUCCGGCCAUCAAGAAGAUGCCUGGAGGAAUGAUCCACUUCUCUGGCUUUGAUAACGAUAGGGCUGAUCAGUUGGUCUACCGGUUUUGUAGCGUGUCUGAUGAAUCCAGUGAUCUCCUCUAUCAAUACUGCGACGCUGAGUCGGGCUCCACCGGCUCUGGGAUCUAUCUGCGUCUCAAAGAGCCAGACAAAAAGCACUGGAAGCGCAAAAUAAUCGCGGUCUAUUCAGGCCACCAGUGGGUGGAUGUCCAUGGGGUUCAGAAGGACUAUAACGUUGCUGUGCGCAUCACUCCGCUCAAAUAUGCCCAGAUUUGCCUCUGGAUCCACGGAAAUGAUGCCAAUUGUGCUUAUGGCUGA